AUGUCUGCUCAGACAGCAAUCGAGAAGGCGGACGCGCCAAAACGUCGAGCUUGCGACGAGUGCCGCACAAGAAAGCUCGCCUGCUCCAAGGAGGCAGAUGGGUGCAGCCGCUGCAAACGGGAAGGGGUCCAGUGCAACUAUUCCCUCCAGAAGCCCAUGGGUAGGCCCAGGAAACGCGCCCAUGUCGAGGUUGAGCAGGUUCCGGGCGAGCCCGCCGCCGAGCCUCUCGUCCGUCCCUUCGAUAGCACCUUCGCCAUGGACCUUGAACUCUCUUUCCUAGACAUGGACAGCACAAACCUCAACUUUUUGGACCUAUUAGGAUCUGAUUUCCUGGCUGCGCCGCUGUCAUCUGCAUCCCCUUACCUGGGCGAUGCUGGCCUGCCGGCUAGUGCGAAGUCGACUGGGCCACCCAACUCGGGCGGCAGCUUUGUCUCUGGUGAUAUGUGGAAUCUCGCAAACAUCGAUUUUGAUGCUCUAGAGCCCGCCGCAUCUCCCCCAUCUCCAUCAGCCGCGAAUAAGUCUACUCUCGACGAGGGCGCCAACUUCUCAGCCACCUCGUCUCAGUCGCCCGAUACGGUUCCUGGGCUCUCCCCGCCAUCUACGAACUCGCCGAAGACGCACCUUCACGGGGCCCAUCAAGAACAGCAGUUCUUCCCCACGCCGGUAUGCAUCUGUCUCUCGAGCCUCUACCUGGCCCUGGACUCCCUGCGGAAUCUUCCUACCGAGGUUGGCCCGGCCAUGAUGGUCGCCCGCACCGCUUCUCGGACGGCGCAUGACGCGGUGCUAUGUCCAGUCUGCGGCAUGCUGCCUCUGGAACCCUGCGGCGGGGCCCGGUGCAAGACACCCGUCUCGUCGCUCCAGACAAUGAUGAUGCUCGGCGCGCUGCUGCCCUCGCUCGCCAGCGCGUACAUGCAGAUCCUAGACCUAGUAGAGGCCGAGGCGGCACGAGCUGGGGCUGAGGGCCGGAAGAUGACUUUCAAUCUGAAAGAGUACGGCGGGGUUUGGGGACAACUAGCCGCGACCGGAUUCAGGUGUGAGGCGACCAAGAAGCUCGACGGGUCGAUGCUGGAGCCAGGCAUGUGGCGGCUGAUAGUGCGCGCCCUGCUUAAAAUGGACGUGUACGGGACGAUUUCAAAGAUGGCUAGCCUCACGGGCUGCCGACAAACCCAGCCUGGCCUUAAGGACAUCAUCGAGAUGAUGGAGGAUCGGUCACGCACCAGACACGAAGAGCUCGACGCACUGGUGGAUUCGGGAGCCAUCGAGCGGCCAGACGACCAGUACUACAUCCCCUUGUCCUCGGGGGAGAAGCCGACGUGCUUGAGAAUUAUCGAUAUUGCAAAGAAGUCGAUGGAUGAUUUGGUCAUACCUUGA